AGCAAUUUGAGCUCCCCUCAUUUUCCUUCUUGGUUCGGUUUGGAGUCGUACCGUGCAGUUCGUGAUCAUGAAGAGCACCGUCCUUCAUGCGACCUCGGAAAAGCAGGACGAGGAAGGGGAAGCGUUGGUGCCACCGGCGCCGGAGGAGGAGAUUAAUGAGGAGGAAUGGGCGCCGUGCAACGACGGCGGCGCCGCUCCAGUGGCGUGGCCCGGGCGCUUGUCGUCCUUGGCGACGAUGCUGCGGGUGAGGGGCGUGGGCUCCGUCAUGGUCGGCUUCAUCCUUCUUGCCUUGCUGGUCGGCGCACGCAGAUGGAUCGACCUCGAUGCUUCGUCUCUACUAGGCAGCAUGAGAAGCACAGGCAGCGGCACCGGACAACGGCGGCCUCCGCACCACAGCAACUCUACGGCGCCCCUCGUACCGAUACCAUUCACCUGCGGCAACGCGACAUCACCGCAGCGGCCGACAUGCCCUGGAACACCUGCACCGCCACCGUCAUCGACAACGUUGCCGCUCGCCGGUGGCCCGACGACGUCGUGCCCGGACUACUUCCGCUACAUCCACGACGACCUGCGGCCGUGGCGCGGCGUGGGGAUCACGCGGGAGGCGGUGGAGAGCGCCCGGCCGCACGCCUACUUCCGGCUGGUGGUGUCGGGCGGGCGCGCGUACGUGGAGACGUACCGGCGGGCGUACCAGACGCGGGACGUGUUCACGCAGUGGGGCAUCCUGCAGCUGAUGCGCCGCUACGCCGGCCGCGUCCCGGACCUGGACAUCAUGUUCGCCUGCGACGACCCGGGCCAGGUGCGCGCCGCCGACUUCCCCACACCGUCCGACGCGCCGCCCGUAUUCCGGUACUGCAAGGACGGGUCGACGCUCGACAUCGUGUUCCCGGACUGGUCCUUCUGGGGCUGGCCGGAGGUGAACAUCCGGCCAUGGCCACAGAUGCUUGAGGAGGCGAGGCAGGAGAACGAGCGCGUGCGGUGGCUGGAGAGACAGCCCUACGCGUACUGGAAGGGCAGCCCCGGGGUCGCCCGCAUACGCGGCGAACUCAUGAGAUGCAACGUCUCCAGUGGCCAAGAAUGGAACGCCCGCCUCUUCAGCCAGGACUGGAGGCAGGCCUUCCGAAAUGGCUUCAAAGGUUCCAGCUUGCCUAAGCAAUGCUUGUACAGGUACAAGAUUUACAUAGAAGGGAAUGCGUGGUCGGUGAGUGAGAAGUACAUCCUGUCGUGCGACUCGCCGGUGCUGUUCGUCACGACACCCUUCCAGGACAUCCUGUCCAGGGCGCUCGUCGCCGGCAAGCAAUACUGGCCCAUCAGCCGGGAGCACAUGUGCAAAUCCGUCAAGGUCGCCGUCGACUGGGGCAACGAGCACCCGGCGCAGGCGCGGCUCAUCGGCGAGCAGGGCAGCCGGUUCGUGAGGGAGGAGAUGAGCAUGGACUACGUCUACGACUACAUGCUGCACCUGCUCACCGAGUACGCCAAGCUGCUCCGGUACAAGCCCACCGUCCCAGAGAAGGCCGUCGAGAUCUGCACCGAGUCCAUGGCCUGCCCCGCCAAGGGCCGGCACCGGGACUGCAUGAUGGAAUCCAUGGAGAGGCACGUCGCCGGCUUCGACCCGUGCACGCUGCCGCCACCGUUCACCACCGAGGAGGCUAAGGAGAUCGCCGACAGGGAGGCGGAGGUAUUGGGAAACGUAGAGAAGAUGGAGCGCUAGAUAGCUGGCAGUGGCACUGACAUGCACAGUUUACGCGUGCACGUUUGGUAAUGCAAAUGAGAAAAGGAGACGAGUUUAGAAAAGUACUCGAUAUUAAGUUUUAAAAAUUGCUAAAUAAAUUAUAUAUACCACUUAUCCAUGGCCAGUGAGUAAGACGUGUGCACCUGAUAAGUUAGCAUACUUUCAUUUGCCAGUCUGAUGGUGUAUUGGCUUCUUCUCUCAAGCCGCGCAUUGGUGGACAUAAGUGACUUCUCUUCCUGGAUGUAUCUUUGAUAUUUCAUGCACUUGUGAAAUGUUUUGGAAAUGAAUUCUCC